AUGGAAGGGGACCCCGCUGCGCCCGCGGCGGCCGACGGCCCCGACUUGGGGCUGGGGGCGCCGGGCUCUCCGCCGGAGGCGAUGGCCGGGGCAGCUGCAGCUCCCGUGGCGGCGGCGGCGGUGGCGGAGCCCAGAAAGCCACACGGGGUGAAGCGACACCAUCACAAGCACAAUUUGAAACACCGCUACGAGCUGCAGGAGACGCUGGGCAAAGGCACCUACGGCAAAGUCAAGAGGGCCACCGAGAGGUUCUCGGGCCGAGUGGUUGCUAUAAAAUCCAUCCGUAAGGACAAAAUUAAGGAUGAACAAGACAUGGUUCACAUCAGACGAGAGAUCGAGAUCAUGUCAUCCCUCAGCCAUCCUCAUAUCAUCAGUAUUUAUGAAGUGUUUGAGAACAAAGAUAAGAUUGUGAUCAUCAUGGAAUAUGCCAGCAAAGGGGAGCUGUACGAUUACAUCAGCGAGCGGCGACGCCUCAGCGAGAGGGAGACCAGACACUUCUUCCGGCAGAUAGUCUCCGCCGUGCAUUACUGUCACAAGAACGGCGUGGUCCACCGGGAUUUGAAGUUGGAAAAUAUACUGCUUGAUGACAACUGCAAUAUUAAGAUUGCGGACUUUGGGCUUUCCAACCUGUACCAGAAAGACAAGUUCUUGCAAACAUUUUGUGGGAGCCCACUCUAUGCAUCCCCUGAAAUCGUCAAUGGGAGGCCCUACCGAGGGCCAGAGGUGGACAGCUGGGCUCUGGGCGUGUUGCUUUACACUCUCGUGUACGGAACGAUGCCCUUUGAUGGUUUCGAUCACAAAAACCUCAUCCGCCAGAUCAGCAGUGGAGAAUACCGGGAGCCCACGCAACCCUCAGAUGCUCGAGGACUCAUUCGGUGGAUGCUGAUGGUGAACCCCGAUCGCCGGGCUACCAUUGAGGACAUCGCGAACCACUGGUGGGUGAACUGGGGCUACAAGAGCAGUGUCUGCGACUGCGAUGCCCUUUGUGACUCGGAGUCCCCGCUUCUGGCACGGAUCAUCGACUGGCACCACCGUUCCACUGGGCUGCAGGCUGAGGCUGAAGCCAAAAUGAAGGGCCUGACCAAACCUGGAGCGUCGGAAGUCAUGCUGGAGCGGCAGCGAUCGCUGAAGAAAUCCAAGAAGGAGAAUGACUUUGCCCAGUCUGUCCAGGACUCGGUACCGGAAAGCCCAUCCAAGUUGAACUCCAAGAGGCCCAAGGGCAUCCUGAAGAAGCGAAGCAACAGUGAACACCGGUCACAUAGCACGGGCUUCAUUGAAGGAGUGGUAGGUCCUGCCUUACCAUCUCCUUUUAAGAUGGAGCAGGACUUGUGCAGGACUGGUAUGCCCCUGCCCACCUCUCCUGAGGCAGACAUGCAGGGGAAGCUCAGCCCCAAGCAGUCAGCCACUAUGCCCAAGAAAGGAAUCUUGAAAAAAACCCAGCAGAGAGAAUCAGGUUACUAUUCAUCACCAGAACGCAGUGAAUCCUCAGAGCUGCUGGAUGGUAAUGACGUGAUGGAGAGUGGUCUCCCUUCCCCCAGCCUCCCAGACCCAGCCAGGGUGACUUCCCACAGCCUGUCCUGCCGCAGGAAGGGCAUCUUGAAACACAGCAGCAAAUACUCAGCAGCCACCGCAGACCUGGUCCUCGCUAGUCCCGAAAUGCCCACACUGGAAUCUUUGUCAACAUCUGGGGUCCCCACCGAGGGCCUAUCUAGGAGCUACAGCCGCCCUUCCAGCGUCAUCAGCGACGACAGUGUCCUGUCCAGCGAUUCCUUCGAUUUGUUGGAUAUGCAGGAGAAUCGUCGCGUCUGCCAGCGCAUCCGCAGCUGCGUCUCUGCUGAAAACUUUCUCCAGCUCCAGGACUUUGAGGCGCUCCACAAUCGGCCCAGACCCCAGUACCUGAAACGGUAUCGGAACCGGCUGGCAGACAGUAGCUUCUCCCUCCUCACGGACAUGGAUGAUGUGACUCAGGUGUACAAGAAAGCGCUGGAGAUCUGUAGCAAGCUCAACUGAGCCCUCCAGGGCACCCAGGAUCGGGGCGGGUGGGUGCAAGGGAGGAUAGGGAGCAGGACUUGUACUAACAGGCUGGUUAGUUACCUCUUUGCUGGCCACAACCACAGACUGAAAAAGGACUGGCGCCGUCUGGCUUGGCCAGGUUUGCAAUCUUGAGCCAGCGCCUCAGAGGGAGAAGCAGCUCUCUGCCAAUUCUGCCAACUGCCAGUCUGAAUAAGCAUCCUAAUUGGCAUUUGCAUAUGACACCUUGUGGAGGACCAGCUGUCCCAGGAAGGGAAGGUGGUAUUGGCUAGCACUUAGUGGAAGGGGAACGGAGAGGGAAGAUCACAUUCCCCAGAAGCAUUUUUAAAUGCUUUUGGCGGUGGCAUAAGAGAGACUGGGGCCAUCCAUUUUGGAUGAACCCAAAGAGCUUGCUUGUUCUUUUUUGUUCUCACAUAAGCAAGCUUGGUCUGAUUGCAUGGGUUGGCAAGAUUUCAUCAAUUUGAGCUUGAAUCAGUGAUCAAUUGUUGAUGUCUACAGGAUGUGCUGAUCUGAGUGGCCCAAGCACAUCCGAGAGUGCUGUGACUGAUAGUAAUGGCUGCUGUGGGAACAGGAAGUGGGAAAGUAGCAAUCAUGCUAUGUAGUUGUCAUUUUUGAUAUGUCUAAGCCCUGGGAAUCAGGUCAAAGCAUUUUAUGCUAUGGGAUCUGUAUUAACUCUUUCAUGCCAUUUGUUCAUUUGCUACUCAACUUUAAAUGGGAAACAGGGCCUUAGUGAGACAGAGAGUCAGGGAGAGACAGAGAGAGAGAGAGAGACACACACACACACACACACACACACACAGAGAAAGAGAGAGAGAGAGAGAGUUAGUACGUGUGCUUUUAGCUCUAUUAGGGACACAAUCAGUCCAUGGCAAUUUUUUGAUUCCUUGAUGUCUGCUUCCUCUUUCCUGAUGUCUGCCUUGCUCUUUAGCACAACCUCUUGAAGAUGGACAGGAAAAAAAGAUGGCAAUAUAUCAGAGUCUGAAACUAAUAGUUGUGAUUAGAGCACAAGACCCUUUGCGGUUUUUCACAGUUGGAUGGAAGGUGAGCCCCACCUGUAAGGGACAACUUGACAUUUUUCUUUAAUAUCUCCAUAGGAACUAGAAUUUUCUCACCUGCCUGAAUGGAUGUGGUACCUCCCAGUCUCCAUGGAAGCAGCUGGCCCAGCUUUUAACCCCCAGGCCCUAAUAGAGCGCAUCUACAAAGUGUGAAAUCCUCAGUGGUAGACGAAUUUGCAUCUAGAGUUGGUGUGUAGGUGGCUAGUUCAGCGAGGAAAGGAAAAUCAGGCUGAAGGAACUUCAUUCCCCAAAUCUAAGUAUUCUGUAUUGUGGUCUUAAACUUUGACAUCCUGGGCUUGGGGGAGAAAGCAUGUUCUACCUGUUUAAGGGAACAAAGUAUUGAACAAGGAGAGUGGGUCAGGAACCAGCUCAGGAGAGGACUGCUUCCUGAGGAGUCAUCCAGAUGGCUCAGGAGGAGGCAGAAAACAAGUGUGACAGGACUCUUAAACUACUUAUAUAAUUGAUAAAUUUCCAUGUGAUAAGAGAUGAAUAUUCCCACAAUAGGCUUGAAAUUCAGAUUCCAUGGGCUUAGGCAAAUCAAAAUCUUCUUCUCAAGAUGGCGCCUUACUUAGAAAGAUUGGAAGAUGGGUCUCAGGAUAUCAUUGGAGAACCUAGAAUAUCAUUGGAGAACCUUAUAGCACUGAGAACAGUAAUUAGGAUGACAUCGCCCCUUCCUUAUGGAGACAGUUCUGUUUCUUCCUUACCCACUAGCCCUGGUGGCCUUCCUUCAGGCUGAGCUGAGUAGUGCAUUGUGGGAAGCUGCUUAGUUUAUUCAUUCAAGUUCACCUCUUUCCUGAACUCCAGUAAAGACUAAAAGGGAGAAAAGUCUAUAGAUAACUCACUGGAGGUGUGGGGUGCAUGGUGGGAAACCCAUAACCUCUGAGUUCCCAUCUCCUUGCCUCUUUGUAUGCAGCCUUUUGUGAACUGCCUCUGCUGCUUCACCGCAGGCCUCCAAGCAUGGCUGCUGGCCUCAUCAGUACCUUUCAAAUAUGGCUUAGGUGUAACAUCUACCUACUAGUUGAUGUGAUUUUUUUCCCCCCCAUUUGCCAAGUGAUCACAUCUGGUUUGUGUUUUCCAUCCUUCUAAUCUUUAAGCAAAAACGAUGUGAUUCAGGAAAAAUCCUUCUCUCGUCUCCUUCCCCGCCAACAUCAGUAUGCUCUUACCACAGAUGGUGGCAAACAAUAUCCUCCAGCCAGAAGCGGGGACUCUGAGCGGAACCCUGCCUGCCGGUGACAUCUGAUGGUCUCAGAUACCUGAGGGGCUGUGGGAGAGAGCUGAUUUUUUUCUUUGUAAUCCACGAGGGCGGAAGUGGUGAACAGGCUGGUCACCCAGACCCUGCUCUGUUCCGACAUCUCUUUCUAGAUGUGAUGUGAACUGUGCUCUCUAGGAAAAACUUAGACUAGAGGGGAAAUCUCUUCAAAGCAACGUUUCCAUUGCUUCUUAAGUCUUCUCAUCCCUACCAGCCAAACUCCAGCCAAAGAAUUUAUGCUUGAUGAAUUUCUAUGGAAUUACAAGUGACAGACACUUGAGGACCUGGUGUCCUGGCUUUUUUUUUUUUUCCUCUGGGGCCCUUCCAGCUCUUAGUUUACAUACCUGCCAAAGGGGUGGAAUAAUUCUUCCU